GUAUAUGCACAGGGUUAUGUCUCAUUAUUUGGAAAAAUAAGUAUAAAAUUAUCCGUUCGGAGGCAUAUUUUGUCCACGGAAUUAGAUUAAGUUAUCUAAGUCCGUGGUCUUACUUACUCCAAAAUGCUCUUCCCAGCGUUUCUUAACAUAACUGAUAAAUAUGCCUUUUAACCUGUCGCCUCUCAGUUUUUUUCAACCAAUAUCACCAAAACCCUGUGUAUCAAGGGGCCACGUGGAUUUGUUGAUGUGUGUGCUGUCAAGGUGUGACGUCAUAUGACUUCCGUCAAGAUGGCGACGUCCAUGGCGCAGACUAACUUGUCGCUUUUGCGACAGCAUCUUUCGAUUGCUGUGGGAAACAGCAGUGUCGUUGUUAAAGCCGUAGGAGUCGCAGUAACAUGUGGAUACUUUUUAACUUUUGCUCAGUCAGUCAUACCUUAUGUAGCAGUAACACCGGGUUACGUUAUUCCACCGAACUUCUGGUUUUGGACAUUCUUGACACACGCCUUUAUUGAAGUCCAUUUCUGGGAUGUUCUCGUAGAUAUUGCUGUGGUUAUUCUAUGUGGCAAACUGUUAGAACCGUUAUGGGGUGCUCUAGACAUGCUUUUGUUCUUCUUGAUCGUAAAUACAGGAGUAGCGGUUGUCACAGCGUUUUCAUACUUAGCAUUUUACCUUGUGUCAAAAAAUGAAGAGUUUUUGUUUGAAACGUACAUCCACGGACUCGCUGGGUACAUUGCAGGGUUCGCAGUGGCUGUGAAACAAGUCAUGCCAGACCAUGUGCUCGUUACAUCUCCUUUUGGAAAACUCCGAAACACGCACAUCCCCUUACUACUGUUGUUUGUGGUGGUUACACUGCGCCUGGCUGGGUUGCUUGAUGGACCAUAUCCCUUCAUGUUUGGGUAUGGCAUCCUUAUCAGCUGGAUCUACUUGAGAUUCUAUCAGAAACAUACGAAUGGAAAUAGAGGAGACAUGGCAGAUAAUUUUGGUUUUCCAAGCUUCUUCCCAGGUCAGCUUCAACCCUUUGUUGCUAUGUUUUCAAACACUGUUUUCCUGGCCCUUGUGAAGGUAAAGAUUUGUAAAAAGCCACAGAGAAAGUAUGAUGUCAGCUCCCCCUCCACCAUCACCAUCACCUUACCUGGAACUGACCAGGAUGCUGAUCGUAGGAGACAAGUGGCACUCAAGGCUCUGAACGAGAGAAUGAACAAGUCGGAACAGCCUGCCAGCUGGCCAUCUUUGGUAGAUGAGGAUGGCAAGGCUUCUCCAGAGAGUAGUGCCUCCCCAGCAAAAGAAAGUCUUGGGAAACCUAUUGCCAAACUACCAGACACACAACAAGAACAGAAGCAGGUAGCACAGCCAUCCACCAACACAGAAAGCUGAGGGACACAGCAAAAUGUCAGCUUGUGUUGGGAAAUACUAUUACUAUCAUUAGUGGUUGAACCUUAUUUCUCACUUAAAUGUAAUAUACAAAGUGAAACCUUGAUUUCUGUAAACUUUGUCUGUGUUUGACAUUUUUUUAUGAAGACUUAAAAUCCAGCAAAAAUUUGACGUUUUAGGGACAAUGUGACUUUAUCACAAAUGUUUUACUUUUACUGUAAAUUCAUAAAACCCACAAUUUUUGAAAAUUUGAACCAGAAAUAGAUACAUAUAAUAUUGCAUGUUGUGGUUCGAUUCUAUUCCAUAUAAUCCAUUGCUAUUCCCUGUGUUAAACAGUGUUACACAGAUGAUGGAAAACUUGGUGUGGCUUAUGAAGCCAAACAUUGAUGGAUAGAUUAUUUAAUGUUUAUAAAGGAGAUUUAACUUUAUUUAUUUAAGUGUUAUGUUUGUAUAAAAAUGGAAUUAAUUAUGUGAUAAUUUAUGUUGACUAUGAAAUUUUGGAUUUUUCUCUUUAUUUAAGACAGCAGAAAUGAAAACUUUAUAAAACAAAUGACCAAAAAUGUUCUUCACUAGGCUAUAAGGAGGUGUUUUAACAGUUUUUCAGCCUUUAACAACAUGGCAUAGUUUGAAUGUUUCAGGAAAGUUAAGUUAUCUUCCUUGCCAUUGAAAUAUAACAAACUACGUUUGUACUUCACAACUGUACCUAGGUAGUCCCACAUCCUGUACACCAGACCUGCUAUCAGGGUUAGACACCUAACUAUUUUCACUUGGUAGUCCACAGGACUAGUUGAAUAGAUUAUUUACUAGUCCUAUACAUCAAUGUAACUAGUCCAAAAUUUCCUCAAGGAAAUAUCUCCAGCAUAAAACACAAAAAGACAUAAACUGCAGGAGACUCAAAAUAACUACUGCCAUGAGGUCAUGGUGAUGUUUUAGAAAAAAAUUGACAAUGUCAUGCAGUAUACCUGUAUUUUAAGCAGUUUUUCCAAAGGAAUUGUUUUUGUUUUAUAAUCUACCCUAUCUAUCAAAUAAUAUUGCAAUAAAAUAUUUGUUCACAAGGCCAUAUAGGAAUAGUUAAGUUUGUUGAUUCACAAGUCCUUGAAGAAAUCUACUUGUCGGAUUAGAACACUAGUGUUGGUGUCGAACCCUGGGCUUUGCAGACUAGCGCUACUAAGUUGCAUGUAUGAUAGCAAUGUUGCAAUUGGUUAUUAUAUGGUUUGUAUAAGUGUAUAAUAUUGUAUCUAGAAUUGCUUGACCGUGGUCAGUGAUCAAACUAGACUAGUGUUUUUCUGGAAUAUUUUUCUAUAUAUUUUCUGUCGAAAACAGAGUAAUAUUUCACACAAAAAUACAGGCCCCAGUUUUAUGAAUCGUUAUUUGGUUUAAGGAAACCUCCAUAGGAAAAUAUUGAUUGAUAUAAAGAAAAACAAGUUAAGGAAAUUUCCUUUACUUCAAAAAUGCUGUCCAAUGGAAAGACUUCAGUUAAGGAAUUUCUUCACAUUCGUUUAAACUGUGGCCGGUUACCUCCCUUGGCAUGACAAUAUUCCUGAUAAUGUUCCCUGGUUUCUAUUUUUGUGAAAUCCUGGCUUGUAAUUACACUACAUGUAAUACUUUCAAUACUCAAAACACUAUUUAAUCAUAACAUAAUACAUUACAGAUUAUUGAUCAUUUGAGGUUUUUAUUUUAUAUAUUUUCCGUCAGGUAAAUUUUCUUUGCCAUGGUUACUGUAUUAAGCAUUGUAUGCUGUAUAUAGCUUGUCUGCAUAUGCAUGUACAGGUAUGGGCUAAUACAAUAGUGGUUUAUCUGGAGUGUAUCCAGUUUUAAUUUUUUCAUAUGAUCUUUUGAAAAAGGGAAAGUCAUGAAUUUCUUUUAUAAAUAAGUUGAUACAAUUUACAUCCAGUUAAAAUCAAGUGAGUCCACUGCCCAGUACUAUUACAUGUUAGUAAAAUUCACUUUGUGUAUGUAUUAUGUAACUCAAUUUUUUCGUCAUACAGUCCACGUUUUGUGAAAGGUAUACAUUCAUCCAAUGAAAUAGCAUGUAAGCACAAACAUGGUAAUGAGGAUGUACAAAACCUUGAAUAGAGGGUGUAUAAAGUAUUGGAGGUUAAGGUACUGCAUGUAGGUACAUGUACAGAUCAUAUACUGAAAGACUAAAGUAAGCAGUAAGUCAUCAGCCAAAAUAGGAUGUGGUCAAGCUUGUGAUUUUGUUUGCUUUUCUUAUAGUAUUUUUACCUAUUUAUCUGUAGUCAUUAAGUCUGGUGCUAGCCAGCUUUAUCUUUACCUGUCCCUGCAUUUGUUGAUACCUUAAAUUGCAUACUUAAGAUUUUGGGGCCAAAACUGAUUGUGUUUUGACAUGGUACAAAAGAACCUAUAAAAAGAAAGAAAUCGAUUAGCUAAAUGUAAAGAUUCAGUAAAAGAGAGUGUUAAUGUGUGAAAAAUCAUGGCCAGAGGACAUGGGCUUCUAAGUCAGUAGUUAUUGUAAGGGUAUGCGUUGUACAUACAGAUUUAUAUGGAGGGCCUUCUGUACUACAUAUAUUUAAUUGCAUUUAUAAUUAAUCCAGAUAUUGAGUAGUGUAUAACUAAGUUGUAGAAUUGCUCUCAGCGGGAUGAAAGGUUAGGGAUGUCACAGUAUUUUGGUAAACUGUUAUCUAGUAAUACACUGUAAUACUGCAUUGCAUUGCAAUAUAAAAAUGAUAUAUUUCUGUAUCUCAAUAUUUUAGAAAAGUUUAUUUUCAUGUUUUGUUCAUUUUUCAAAAUACUACACAAUUAAGGAGGAGAAGGACACAAGAGGCAAACAAAAAUCUAGUCAAUGAUUUUUUUUUAAUUUCGCAUAUAUUGUUCUUUGGGGUGUACCUAACAAAAUAUUUAAAUUUGAGAAUAGGUUUCUGAGCUAUUGUUAAAAAUAUUCUUUGAAAGAGUUACCUCCCGUUGAAGUCCGAAAACUGGAAAAAAAAAAGCCCUUUUUAAGUCCUCAAGGUACCCGCAAAAAAAUGCAUAUAAUUUUUUUUUGAAUUUAUCUGAGAACGAUAUGAUAAUGAAUAUUUUAGACAUAAUAUUUAAA